GAGUUCUGUAUUUGCCUGCUGUUUUCUGUGGUGUCACAAAUCCUAAUCAAGGUAAAUAAAUCAAUAAUUUCCUGACGAGUGUCAUUUCUCUCCGCUGGUCAGUGACAAAAGCUUAUACAGCUCCAGGUCACCAACCAUUACUUCUUGCGUCUUUGUUGCUCUUUUCACCUUGUAAAUAUCCACCUCACGUGCGCUUCGACAACAUGGCCUCUUCUACCUCCCAGCUCCCUGCGUACAAGCAGGACUUCUUGAAAUCCGCCAUUGACGGCGGCGUCCUCAAGUUUGGCAGCUUCGAGCUCAAGUCCAAGAGAAUAUCGCCCUACUUCUUCAACGCGGGCGAGUUCCACACUGCGCGCCUCGCCGGCGCAAUCUCCUCUGCCUUUGCAAAGACCAUUAUCCAGGCGCAGGAGGAAUCCGGCCUCGACUUUGACAUCGUCUUUGGCCCCGCCUACAAGGGCAUCCCUCUGUGCUCCGCCAUCAGCAUCAAGCUCGGCGAGCUGGCCCCCCAGAACCUGGACCGCAUCUCGUACUCGUUUGACCGCAAGGAGGCCAAGGACCACGGCGAGGGCGGCAACAUUGUCGGCGCCCCUCUCAAGGGCAAGAAAGUUCUUAUCGUCGACGAUGUCAUCACCGCUGGCACUGCCAAGCGGGACGCCAUUGAGAAGAUCACCAAGGAGGGCGGCAUCGUCGCCGGCAUUGUCGUUGCUCUGGACCGCAUGGAGAAGCUUCCUUCUGCCGACGGCGACGACUCCAAGCCUGGCCCCAGUGCCAUUGGCGAGCUGAGGAAGGAGUAUGGCAUCCCCAUCUUUGCCAUCCUCACCCUGGAUGACAUUAUCGAUGGAAUGAAGGGUUUCGCUACCCCCGAGGAUAUCAAGAACACGGAGGAGUACCGGGCCAAGUACAAGGCAACUGACUAAAGUUACCAAGCUCAUUGGUGUUGAGCAAGUAGGCGGGCAAACAUCACUUACGUAGUAGUAAAUCUGAUUCUUCGCUGCCCAGGUAGAUGUUGAGAAAGGAAAAAAGGAGCAAAAAGAGCGAAAAAGGAAACGCUUCAUUACAAUAUUCCUCUUACAUCUACAUUUCAUCGUAAACCAUAGUAGCAGCUAGCUAGUCUACGUAGAAUUUGUAGGACUCAGUAUCCAUAUUAGGG